AACGUCAUUUUAGCACUGUCUGUGUCUGUCAAAAAAAUUAAGGGAAUACUUUCCAAUUACUGCAAAUGAAUAAUUUUCUUACGAAAUUGGAUUAAAGUAGUGUUUAAGAAAGAUAAAUCAUAGAAAGUUGUAAUUGUGUCAUUAACCAGGAAAAAUGGCUACUCUCGGCGGCUCUUCGUGGGAAGAGCUUCGCAAGCAAGCUCGGACACUAGAAAAUGACAUAGACAUGAAGCUGGUAGCAUUCAGCAAGCUGGGGAUCAGCCCGGUGACGUCGAGCCUCAGCUCCGAGUCUGUGCCGCUCAUAAACAGUGAGGACAUGUUUGAUACCAUGUCUAUGGAGCUACAGCAGUUAUUGAAUAAGCUAUCUUCAAUAAACGACAAAAUGGGUGAAAUAGCUCCUAAUAGCACAGCAACCAUGCACACUAUUAAAAGGCACAGGGAAAUCCUUAUGGAUUACCAGCAAGAGUUCUCCAAAACGUCAGCGCGGGUGAGCGCGCGGCGCGAGCGCGAGGAGCUGCUGCGGGGCUCCAGCCCGCCGCCCGCCGCCGGCCUCAGCCGCCGCGACCAGUACACCAAGGAGGCCAACCACCUGCACAGUUCCCAUAUACUAGUGGACGAGCAGAUCAACAUCGCGAUGGAGGCGCGGGAGCAUCUCACUUCACAGCGGCAGACCUUCAAACGGAUGCAGACCAGGUUCAACGACAUCACCAACAGGUUCCCGAUGCUGAACAGCCUCAUGUACCGGAUAAACGCCCGAAAGCGUCGCGACUCUCUCAUCGUAGGCAUCGUUGUCGCAAUAUGCACAUUCCUGAUGCUCCUAUACGCGUUCCAUUGACUUACUAUUGUAAAAGUUUUACUUAUAUUUAUAGAGCUAUGUCUACUUCUAUGGAAAACCCUCUUCUACACAUACCAUUCGUUCAACAGCAACAUAAAGCCCAAACCCAGUAGUUCAAUUUCGAACGUCUUCGUUCGACAUUCAAAAUUUCAAACUAUCGGACACAUUGGCUCGCUGGCAAGUCCGCCGGGGCAGCAUAAAACCAGUAAUAAUUCUUCUAACAAAUUUUACUCCGCGCGGUUUGUCCUUGACUAGCGCUCGCACGCAGCGAGGUGCAGAGAGUACAUGCGAAACCGGAGAAUGCCGGUCGCGUUAGUACGGGCCGCGCCGCGUGGCGUGUCGAGAGAUCAAAUACCGAACGCGUCGCCGCUGCCGGAGAUUAACUACUGAGUCUUGUACUGUGGCCGGGGCGGGCCUCUUAGCAAUAUUUUACCUCUUAAUUCGAUUUCAAUUUCCUGUGAUAUCUUCAAGGCUCUAAUACACUUUUAGCUCAUUGUUGAUAUGUAAUAGAAAUAACUGUUUAUCAAAUAGGAACUAUUUAUCAAACUUUAAACUUAAUGUUAUUACAUUUUUAGACACUAUGUUUAGACAUUUUCUCUUACCGCAGUCAUCGAUAUUCGGAAAACUAGGCGAAAAGUGUCGCAUGAAACAUGAGCAUUGAGCAUUGUUCAAGUUCAUUGGGGUACGUAUAACUAAUUAACUACGUACCUCUACAGGUCGGUCCCUGAGAGUUGGCAUGACCGGAAUGAACCAAACUUUGAUUGUAUGAGUGACACCUGUAUCAAUAUACAGUCGUUACACGCCAACUAUUGGUAAGGCACAAAGGGUUUGCUUUUCAAAUUCAAAGUUCUGUAAUUAAAGUCUGUGUAUAUUGUAUAUGAAUUUGUAAAGUUGAAUAAAUAUGUUUUAUGUUU